UUGGGAUCAUUUACAUGUAUUAUAAAAUGUCAGUUGUUGCAGUUUCGAUAUUUACUGCAUCAGUGCAGGAAACCUUACACUCCAUGCCAGUUGGACUGACAUUAAACAAAGGAGUGUUCCCGAACAUGGAUCGUCAUUCAUACCUGGUGGCAUUCAUAGUCCUAGUUCUCGGAUGUAAGGCCAACUAUGUUAACUCUGUAGAUGGUAUUCGGCGAAUGGAGAGACGACUACAAAAGAUCCUAACAAAAGAAGUAGACAAUGCCUUAAAAAGAGAUGAAACCCCAUUAGGUAUGAGGCGCGAAGCGGUAUGGACACGGAUGGCGGACACAGCAUCACACGACACCAGCAAUGCCGGGAAGGCUGUAAAGCGUGUGGUGGGGGGCACACCAAUGGAGCGUGACCAAUGGCCAUGGUUGGUAUCGCUUCAUUUCUUACGUCCGAUCGAGUUUACAGAGAAAACAGGCAUGCGUCACGUAUGUGGUGGUACCAUCAUCAGCACAGCUCCCGUGUGGGUCCUCACCGCAGGACACUGCUUCAGUGAAGACGCCCAUGUCGGCUUCAGCAAUCCCAACAACUGGCGUGUCGUGAUAGGUGAAUACAAUCAGUACCGGAUGGACGCUGGGGAAUUUAUAGCAAACAUAGACGAAAUACACCUUCAUAUAGAAACUUUACAGUUUAUCUUUAGGCCCCUACGUAAUGACAUAGCUCUACUGAAGUUGAAUCCGAUCCCACAGCUACAACUUGAAGACAUCGCUGAUCUAGAUGAAGGAGAGUUCCAACCUGGUCAUCAAUGUUCUGUCGCGGGGUGGGGCCAAGUGUCUUAUCAUCCCUCCGGUUUUGGUAAUUUCAUUCCUCUCAUGGCCUCUGUCUAUUUGGUUGACAAUGACCAAUGCAGUGACUUGUACACAGCUUCAAUACCAUACACCUUCUACAUCGCCCAGUCAAACAUCUGUGCAGGUUCAGACGAAGGACAUGAUUCAUGCAUGGGUGAUUCUGGCGGACCGCUGAUGUGUCAGAGUCCAGAGGAUAAUCGCUGGAAACUGGUAGGGGUUGUAUCCACAGGGUAUGAAUGUGGGAGGGAGGACUUUCCUGGGAUUUACACACGUGUAACCUACUACCAAAGCUGGAUCGACAGUGUAAUGGGGCCGUCAAAUGGUCACUUGGAGGUGUAGAACGACACAAGAGUUGUAAGACCAGGGCACUUAUUAACCAACCAGACCUUGGUUACAUGCCCACAAUUAACUGUUAAAAAAAGGAGUAUUUAAAUAUAAUACAUUACUGUACAAGCAGAAUUUAUCAUUAUGUGGUGUGUUGACAGCUUUUAAAAAAUCUUACAAAAUAACAAAAUCACGUUGAUAUCUUUUAAAAUUUCAUUUUUUAUUUAUUCAUUUUUUUUUUUAUUUCAAAUAAAACUUGGGAGUACAAAUUCGUAAAAAGUUUUCCUGAGUGUACAUUAUUAAAUGUGGACAUUUCAUAUUAAUCCAUUCUGCACUCAUUAUGAAUUAAAAAAACCACAAGUGAC